GACCUUCCCUACCUGACUUAAACCCUUAUCCACCAAAUUCACCGUCACAGCAGGAAAUAUCCUCCAUAACCGGGAACGAAACAUCACCCUCUCGAACCCUGGGCACCUCGAACCGUAUGCAUUCCCCACCUUCAUCACCAUUCACCCGGAGAACCUUUUGAUCCUUACCUUACUUUUGUCCCUUCCCUCCCCCCCUCCUCCUCCGCCUCCUCCUCCAACACCAACACAUUCUCCCACCACAACACGAGCCGAGGAUGGAGAAACCAACUUCGAAGAAAACACCGUCUCCGACAGCUCAACCUUUUGUUCCUGGUCGUCAGGCUACCCGUUCCUCGUUCCUUACUUCGGCACCUACCUUAGCACCAUCGAACGCCAGCACUGCAGCUUCUAAAGAACGCGUGAACUUGCCAGCCCCGUUGGUUCCUUGUAGAUACUUCGCAGCAGGUUACUGUCAACGAGGCCCCACUUGUUUCUACAAACAUGAUCUAUCAUCGGUAACACUUCCUGGCCUUGAGAACGCUGAUAAAGGGAAGAAGGCCCGUGAGCCAGAGAAUACAGACAUUUGUGCAAUAUGCUACGAGAUCCCGGCAACGUAUGGGCUCCUGACGAGCUGUGAUCAUGUUUUCUGCCUUUGUAAGUUUGCUUCUUUCGGGCUAUUAUUUAUCACGGGAAGUGUCUGUGACUGACGGCGUUUUCUAGCAUGCAUUCGAGCCUGGAGAUCUACAUCUGCGCCGGAUGCUGUUCCAGAUUCGGAGGGUGGCGUCCUCAGCAAGACUUCGAAGACCUGCCCGCUGUGCCGGGUCCGCAGCAAGUUUAUUAUCCCCAGCAGUGUUUUCCCUCGAGCCGCCGGAGAAGCGCCGGAUGAGGGGGAGAAGGUCAAUACGGCCAAGGAUGCGAUCAUAGCAGCCUAUCUCGCAAAACUUAAGACUAUUCCUUGUAUGACCCCAUCAGUACUUACACUGCUGUGCCCGCAUGGGUGGCAAGUUGGCAGUCAAAACUGAUGAGAUAUACGUAGGUCGUCAUUUUGCCAACUCCCUGCUGCCCAACGCUUCUCCUCGCUCCCGCCGUGAUCUCCCCGAUUGUCCAUUCGGCAAUGAUUGUCACUACCAACACACGUUCCGUGGAUCCCCUUACGUCUUUAGCGACUCGGAGCUGAGCGCUCAACGUCGUCGUAGAACUAACAACCCCCGCCGCCUGGGAUGGAUGGAACGCCUUCUUCUCGGUGCAGGUCACGAUUAUGGCGGUGAUUUGCCCCUACCCUCACCCCCCUGGCCUGUUUCAGAGGAAGAGGCAAGAACUCUGAUGGAGAUUAUUCUCGAAGGUGGUGACCCCCCAGAAUGGGACGAAUUUGAGGAGGAAGAAGAAGAGGAUGAAGACGAUGAGGAUGAUUACUAUGAAGAUGUUGACGACUCUUUUGAUCCCAACUGGGAACAGCGCAUCACUAUGGAAUUCUCAGCUCCUCCUAGGUUUAACUCUCGGAGUAGGUGGUUGCGGGGCCCUGCGGAAGAGGACGAGGGCGAUCUCUUGCCAUUUUGAGGCGUUGUUUUCUAUCCAUCUCUGGUCUAUUCUUGCGCGGGGUGAGGGUGCUGGGAUAUUUUAAUGCUUCUAAAAUCAGAUUCACUAGGUUUAGUUUCGAGAGACGCGGUGGGGGUGGAGUUAUGGCAUGUAGUGUCACUCGAAUCAGAUUUCUAGUAGUCUGAAUUAAUCUCUACUUUUUUAUUGCUUCUCCUUGAAUAGGGUGACUAAUUCCAUGGCUUUUGUUGGUGGAAGACUUUACAGAUGGAGAAGUGUGAGAGGGCUCGGGCAAUCGCUGGGCCCACUGAUUUACAUAGACAUACGCGGACAUUGGAAGUUAUAGUGCGUUAGUUUAGCUUGCUGUCAAAUUUAUUUUCCAGUGGCGUUGCUCCUUUUCAUCUGGAUUUACCUUUGAUUUUCUGCUCACCCUCUUGUCUCCUUUUAAUGUAUGCUUUGUUUCUGUUCCAAGUCGGCCCUCCUUUCUUCAUCUGCGAUUUUUUACCCUUUUCUUGGACUCGGUAUACGUUAUCUAGUUACUUGGCUGGCUGGUGAAUUUUUUGUAUACAAAAUAAAGCACGGUAGACUGGUGCUCGUCCCGUGAGAAUACCAACACAAAGUCAACUGUUCACCUGGCCAAUUGUCCGAUCCAAUCCCGUGCUGCCCAUGUCUUUGAAUUGACUUGGUCCGUAGCUGGUGCUCAGAUGGGUUAUGGCCGAUACUAUAUUUUUUUUAUCUUUACGGAGUGGGGAGGACUUUUAUUCCGGGUCUUGUAUUCGCUAUUUAUUCUGCCUUGUGGUGGGAUUUUGCGGUAGAUUUUCCAAAGCAUAGGGCGUUAUUUCAAUCACUCCCUGGUGUAUGCUGGGUAAUUCGAUUUUUAUGGUCAUGCGGGAUCACUCGCGGAUAGCACCAUUGAGUAAUGCCAUUUGGGGUCGUUGGGGUUAUAAUAUCUUAUUUACUUAUGACACUUAAGCGGAGUUCUGCAAGCACCCACGCACCCAACCGUGUGCGAUGUGUACAGAAAAAAGUAUCGCGGAUGAUCUGUGGGGAUUUUGUGGCUGUUGGGCGGGUAGUUGUGGCAUCUGGUGGUAUUGUCAUGCGGCACUGGUUAGACUGGUUGGACUGUAACUUACCGUACAGUACUGUGCAGAGCUCCCCCACUCUCAGGCUGGGAUCGAGAUUGCCGCUUCGGGCACGGGUGCGCGGGGAAAUUGGGAUGAGGGGUAUAUCGCGGUUCGCACUCCCUUACUGGGUCUGAGCAUCAUGGGUUGAAAGGGCCGAAAUCAAGCUUUACAUCUUACUCGUGUUACUCGAAGGCAGUAGAAUAUACCAUUUACGGCCAUACCUCCUAUCCUGAAUAAAUAAUAUACCAAUGGGCAGAACUCGGUAUCAGAACCUGAUAAGUUAGCCCAAGAGUUCAUAAUGUUGGCACAGGACCUACGCACCGGACCAUACCCACCACGGGACAGCUCCCCUCAGAACUAUCCUGCCUGCCCCGCCCUACUGAAAACCAACCUGCAGAGACGAGCGGGAAUCCGUCUGGGAGGGGUCGGUGUUGUAUCAUGGGAUAUUGGCGCUUGGCCUGCAUGUUGAAGGCUGCCUGUGGAUGUUUCGGUGGCGGAGCAUGCCUGCACGCGCGCCUUGAGCGUGUUUCCCCCACUUUUUGGGGUGCGGUUGGUGGGACUGUGCUGGGG